UACACCAGCAAUAUCUUACACACACAUCCCUGCAUACAGACUGCGACAGCCCGCCAAGCACAAUGAGUUCGUCUGGAAAAAAAGAACCUCCUCCCUACAUCAUACCAGUCGAUGGUCAGGGUCAGAAGGAUGUGACAGUUUACCACGUCCACACUCCAUUCAACCCUCCGUCCAACUCGGACAGCGCCGCUAAUUCCACGCAAGUGUACACCAGCGGAGGAGGCGGCGCCGGUUCAGGUCUCCCAUCUGGAGAUGGCAAAACUAGGUUUGUGAGCUACGACGGAGCGCUGGGGCAUUCUGCCGGCAUGGCCACCUGCACAUCCUGCCAGCAGCAGGUCAUGACCAACGUCACCUACAAGGCCGGGACAUACGCUUGGCUGAUGUGCUUACUCUUCAUCUGCUGCGGGUUAGUCCUUUGCUGCUGUCUGAUUCCUUUCUUCCUGAAAAGCUUCAAGGAUGCGUACCACACGUGCCCCCGCUGCAACAGAGUGCUCUACGUUGACAAGAAGAAAUGCUUCUGGGACCCUAUAGCGCCUCCCAGAGGGCAGGAGUUGAUACUCCCCAUGCAACACAUGGGAGGAGUCCUGGGAGAGUCUGACAUUGAUGGUCACGAGGAUGAACACAUUUACUACAUCCCAGUGGACCCUCCCUUUAACUCACCGGAGAGUGCCUCUAAUUCCAUGCGCGGUAAACUCACACCUGAUGGCACUUGUCCAACUUUUGGCAUGGCAAAAUGA